AUGCUCGUGCCUCCCUCGAGCCUUCCCGCUGCUCACAACUCCCGUGAGCCCUCCCGCGAGCCUUCCCGCUGCUCGCGACUCCCGCGAGCCCUCCCCUUGCUCGUGCCUCCCGCGAGCCCUCCCCCUGCUCGUGCCUCAUGCUACUCGUGCCUCCCCCUGCUCGUGCCUCCCGCGAGCCUUCCUGCUGCUCGCGAGCCCUCCCGCUGCUCGCGCCUCCCGCGAGCCCUCCCGCUGCUCGCACCUCUCGCGAGCCCUCCCCCUGCUCGCGCCUCCCGCGAGCCCUCCCCCUGCUCGCGCUUCCCGCGAGCCUUCCCGCUGCUCGUGACUCCCGCGAGCCCUCCCCCUACUCGCACCUCCCACGAGCCUUCCCACUGCUCGCGACUCCCGCGAGCCCUCCCCCUGCUCGCGCCUCCCACGAGCCUUCCCGCUGCUCGCGACUCCCGCGAGCCCUCCCGUUGCUCGUGCCUCCCACGAGCCUUCCCGCUGCUCACGACUCCCGCGAGCCCUCCCGCUGCUCACGACUCCCGCGAGCCCUCCCGCUGCUCACGACUUCCGUGA